GUCACGGUUUGCAGUGCUCGAGGGAUAUUUUUCUAGAUCGCAAGAUUACUCGCAUCCCAAAAGGAUAUUCACCUUGAUAUUAUUCGCCUCGCACUGCCGAUAUGGCUAAUACAGCUUCAAGUCAGCCGUCUCUGGCGGCCACUGACCCAAUGUCGGGAAUGGCGCAUUCUGAAGCCCAUUAUUUUAACAGCUAUAACCAUCAUGGCAUCCACGAGGAAAUGCUUAAAGAUGAAGUUCGGACGAGAUCAUACCGUGACGCUAUCUAUCAGAAUGGCCAUCUCUUCAAGGACAAGGUGGUGCUCGAUGUGGGAUGCGGCACCUCUAUUCUCAGCAUGUUUGCGGUACGAGCUGGCGCAAAGCACGUCAUAGGCGUCGACAUGUCCACUAUCAUAGAGAAAGCGAGGGAGAUUGUUGAAGUGAACGGCAUGUCUAACAAAAUCACUCUCCUGCAGGGCAAGAUGGAAGAGGUGGAACUCCCUUUUGACAAGGUCGACAUCAUCAUCUCUGAGUGGAUGGGCUACUUCCUGCUAUACGAGAGCAUGUUGGACACCGUGUUGUAUGCGCGAGACAAGUACCUCAAACCUGGUGGACUCAUCUUUCCUGACAAGGCCACAAUCUAUAUGGCCGGAAUAGAGGAUGGCGAGUACAAAGAGGAGAAGAUUGGCUUUUGGGACAACGUCUGGGGAUUCGAUUACACCCCACUGAAAGCGACUGCUAUGUCUGAGCCCCUCGUUGAUACUGUAGACAUGAAGGCCGUGGUCACAGAUCCUACACCUGUGCUAACGCUUGAUUUGUACACCGUAACGACCUCCGACCUGGCCUUUACCAUACCUUUCACACUUGAUGUGCGUCGCUCUGACUUCGUCCACGCCCUGAUCGCGUGGUUCGACAUCGAGUUCUCGGCCUGUCACAAGCCUAUCAAAUUCAGCACUGGACCGCACACAAAAUACACACACUGGAAGCAGACCGUCUUCUAUCUGCACGACGUGCUCACCGUCGAGCAGGGCGAAAAAAUCAGAGGCGUGCUGGACAACAAACCAAAUGAGAAGAACAAGCGGGACUUAGACAUCAGGAUCGACUACGAGCUCCUAACGGACGAUCCGAAACGCCAGGCGAAGGGCAGUGGCGAGUACAAGAUGUGCUAGAAUACUCCCCUUGGCGGGCUGCAGUUGUUGCGUCAGCCUUACUAAGUCACUUGCAUGCAACAUAGUGCUUGUCGUGGCAUGUUGCGAAACCACCCCUGAAAUGCAUUGCGGCAUUGGCGUUCGGUCAUAUUCGCUGGCUAGCACGGAGCAUUAUGAUCACGAGUUCAGGUCUGAAGUCAGGGAGAGCAAACGAUAGAUCGACCAUAAUCUUUUUUUGCUUAGCGAGUCAAGAUACCAAUUCCCCCAUUCUCGCGCCGUCCGCUCCUUUCCUUUGCCUGAAGGGGGUGUUGAUGGAGGGGUUAACGCAUGCAUAAUGAUGAUAUGUUCAAAAGUUAGAAGCCCCAUAUUUCGUACAUCUCGUCUGCCAACACAAUUUGGUUAUUUCAUGUGUGUUGAAUUCCUUGAAUCAUAUGCAUUGGCUAUCAGCUUCAUUGAAACUCGCGUUCAACUGCUCCGCGGUCUUCAAUUGAACUUUCGGUUUAAGAAAGCUGUCUGUUCAGGACAGCUUCCUUAGGUACAUAGUUCUCUAUCGCGGGCCUAAGAGGCUACGUAGGAAGCAUAAUGAUACAAUAUGCCGUUAAAA